AUGAAUAUUUUGAAUGCCAAUUUUCUAUCACCCUCUCGUCCAGUAAUAACUCCAAAGAAGGAUCUCAACAACAACCUCUCCCCCUUCAACAUAUUUUCAUCAACCAAACAAUCACACCCUCAACCACUAAAUAUAGGACAAAACACAUCAUUAGAGGAGGCAUGGGCAUUAAGGGUAAAACAAAUUCAACAAGAAAGUGAUCCAAAUUUUAUUCAUAUCUCAUACAAUGAAUUAGAAAAUCCGUCUUCCCCACAACCCAUCACACCCUUUACAAUCAACAACUCUCCAAUAACUUGCGGAAAGAACAUCUAUCCUCCUUUACAAACUCCAACACCAUUCAGAAAACAUCUAUCUGAUGAUGUAGAGAAAUACAAGAAACAUAUCAGUUCCGAAGAACAUACACCCAGCAAUGGCCAUACACCCUUCUUGCAAGGAUUUACUGAGGAUAAGCCAAUCACAGUGUCCAUCUCACCUCCUCCACUAAGUAAGGCAACUUCAAUUUCGAUUUGUGAAAAUUUGAUAACUUCUCCCAACCAUUUUUCUCCAUCCACUGCCCUAUCGCCCUUCAAAGAGACCACUUUUAUUUUCAACGGAGUAAAAGAAAACUUCCAAAAUGAGAGGUCUUUAAAAAAGAACAUAUCACCUUCAAACUCAAUAGAUAAGGGAGAGAUACAGCAAACUAAGGUAAUUGCCUGUGAGCUACUUCAUUCUGGAUUUUUGGAGAAUGCAGUUGAAAAAGCUUUGGAAUGCAAACAAAUGAUAUUGAAACAUUUAGGUAGUUUCAAUGAGGAUUUAAUUUAUAUUUUUAUUCUUUUGGGAGAAUCAUUGACUCAUCUUGCAAAAUUCAAACAAGCAAAGUUGUACCUAUUGGAGGCCAAGAAGAUUGUUGAUGGUUUAUUCAAAUCAAAGCACAAUAAUAGAGUUCUAGCCUUGUUUUCAAUACAAAUUUACAAUGAUUUGGGUUAUCUAAUGAAAUUGCAAGGAAAGUACAAACACUCGAUAGAGUAUUAUAGAAAACAUCUUUUAGAAAAGCAAAAAUAUUACCAUGUAAAUACGAACGAGAUCGCAACUGCUUAUACACAACUUGGAGUGGUGUAUAGUCUUGUUGGAUCUUUUGAAAACUCUAUGGAAUGCCUUUGUAAGGCUUUAGAAAUUCGAGAGAAAAUAUUUGGUAGGGAUCAUUUAGAAACAGCCACUGUUUACAAUAACAUUGGAAAUGUAUUUCUAUACGUUGCAGAUUAUCACAAGGCCUACCAAUAUUAUAGACUGGGAGAAGGUAUUUUGGAAAGCAAUUCUCUUAUUGACCAUCCUGAUUAUGCAACUAGUUUGGUGAACUUGGCAACUUGUCUCAAAAGCUUGAAACAGACAGAGGAAGCGAUAAUACUCUAUGAAAAGGCUCUCAACAUAAGAGAAAGAAUUCUUGGAGAAAGGCAUUCGUCAACAGUUUCUUGUUAUCUAAUGAUAGGGAGCCUAUAUAUUACAAUGCAAGAGUUUGAAAAAGCAGAUGAAUAUUUAUACCAUGGAAUCAUGCUUAGAGAAAUAGAAUUCGGUAAGGACCAUAUUGAAACAGCUGUGGGUUAUUUGUACAUAGGAAAUCUGAGACAGGAAAUGGGAAAAUUUGAGGAGGCUUUAUCAUUUUACAAUAAGGCGAAGGAGAUAUAUGUGAAACAUUAUGGAGAUACUCACACGGAAACAAUACUUGUUUUCGAAAAUAUAUCCUCUCUUUUACUUAAUUUUGGGAAAGGAGACGAAGCAAUGGAUCUGCUUUACAGAGUAUUGAAACACAAACAACAGUAUUAUGGAGAUAACCACCCUUCUACUGGCACAGUUUUAAAUAAUAUUGGAAAUAUUUUAAGACAACAAGGUAAAAUUAUCGAAGCAUUUGAAAAGUAUCAAAAAUGUAAAGCAAUCUUUGAGAGCUCAUUUGGCUUUGAUCACGAAGCUACAGCUGUUAUUUAUACAAACCUUGGUCAUCUCUAUUUAACUUCGUUUUUAAAUAAUCAAAAGGAUGAAAAACUUGUAAGAGAAAUAUUACAGCAAAAAUCAACCUCAAUAGAUGAUUCUAAAAUAAGAGAAUUGAAAAUUACUGAAGCACUUCGACUCUAUACCCAUGCAAAAUCUAUUCGGGAAAGAUUGUUUGGAACAAAUCAUAUUGACACAAUAAUUAGUCAGAGAAAUAUUUCGAUAGUUUACGCAACAAUGAAAAACUACCCUCUUGCUUAUCAACACAUUUGUUCCUGCAAAAAAUUAUUGGCACUUCAUCAUGCAAAUAACGAAGUUGAAAUGAAAGAAACUUCAAAAGUAAUGGCUGAUAUUCUUAGAGAUAGUGGAGGUAAAGUAAAGAAAGUAUCAGGUGAUUCGAUACUCUUUUCAUCUCCUUCUAUUAAGUCCCAAGUCAAUCAAAGAAAUAUGAACAAAGCUCCUUCAUUGAGUGCAUUGUUGGAUGGCUCAAUCUCCAUAAGAACAAAUUCGUUAUCCCAAAGAUCCACUCUUUACCAUUCUUCCUCCAAAAAUAGAUCAAUAAAAUCAUUUAGGUAG